AUGAUGCCAGGCCGACAGAGCAAACAAUUCGUGUCGCUUCCGAAUUCCCCUAACGUUGACAAGUUGGCCGGAAACGAGCCAACAAAGUAUUUUUUAUGGCAAAAAUUAACUUGUCGAUCGGCAAACUAUACGCUAUUCUUCAGUCUUACUUGUAUGCACUUCAUUGGAAUUAUGAAAAAAAAAUAAUUUGAAGACGGAUUUUUUCGAUGAGAGAAAAGAGGGCUUAGAAAAGUCAGACUGUUUCAAAUCAUCGAGUUUUGACUUAGGAAAAAUUCGUGAAGAAAUUUGAAGCCAAGGAAAUCUACCUUUCACAUCAAAUGAUACACUAAAAAGACAAAAACUGAGUAUUUUUAAAAAAAAAAAAGUGAAAUUCAAAGGUGGAGUAAGCUUAUAUAAGGUCUCAAAGGCCAGUAAAAAUUUCGUUCAUUUUCUAGGACAGUAAAAAAAAACUGCACGAAAAAAAAGUGAGUCUAAGUACGAUGAGUGAAUCCUUGACAGUCGGAACGGGACCAAAAAAGUCGGGCCUUCUAGGAAAAGGUGGGCUCGCCGCUGUGUGCCGCGGUAUGUGUAUCUGUGUGCCAUUUUUCCUGGUCUCUUCGUCGCCGACAACGCAUUUGUUGCCGUUCUUCUUUCCGAAGUCACGCCCCCAGCAGAAAGAAAAAGCGGAGCGAAGACAGUAAGUAAGUUGACUUCGAAAUAUGCUUGGCCUUGUUUGCCUUGUGCCCAACUAAUCUUCCGACGGAAGCUGCCGUUGUGUCAAACGGGCGACGCAACCUAAGCCCUCGGGUUUUCCUGUACGUCUUGUGUUUGGCGCAUUGUUUCGAGAACAAUUAGCGCCACGCAAACUCUUCCCUAAUGAAUUCGAACCAACGAACUGUUGCGUUCCUCGACGCUCUCGCUGAACUUUAGCGACUUCUUGUGGCUUCACAGCCAGAGAAGUUCGGAGAAAUCGGAUCAGUUGCCCCAGUGAUAAAUCAUUUUUCUGGUCAAUUUUUGUUUCAUCAUCGAAAAACUUGAUAGGGUCAGAAAAUCUGGAAAGGAGAAUCCCUUCAUGUGAGAUUCUAGUUGAUCAGAAGAAAAUAUAAGUACAGAAAAUAUUUUUUUUUUCGUCGAAUUGAUUUCUAGGGCUGCAUAAAACGGAAAAACUGAAUACAAUCAAGCUUCCUGGGCAGGUAGACUAUUUUCAUCGAAACUUCCAUACCCUAGAACUAAUUUACAGUGUUAUAUCAGGUUAUGUAAGAAUUUUUUUAGGUUUAAAAAAAGCCCGAAAAGAAUUUUUUUAUAUCUAUCCUCUAAUUGUUUGCUUUGUUCUGACCAUAAAGAAAUAAAAAAAUAAAUAAAUUUCAAGUAUCUAUAGCAUUAUAUCAGUGAAAAAGCUUUUGCACAUAAAAAAAGUGUAAAAAAAGUUACCACAGAUAAAAAUUUAUUCAGCUAUAUUUAAUCUCCAUUGAUCUUAAAAUCAAAAGAAAAAGAGCUUCAAAAAAUUAUAUGUAAAAAAAAUGAAUUUUAUUGUCACCCCGGUGAUUGAAACGAUUUUGAGCCAUUAUUUGGUCACUAAAAUCGCAUUAUUUUUAGUUUCUCUUGGAAUGAGAUAAAUUUCAAUCUCCUUAGCAAGCCUUUGAUCAGGACAGCGAUCAUGGACAUUACAGGAUCGAAAAAAUUCAUGCGAAUCUUGAAGUUUUGAAGUUCGCGCUCUUUUUUCGGCAGAGCGCAUUUCAUCCCGAUCGUUUUUAGACCUCGCAAAAAUUUUUCUCAAAGGCUUUUUUUGGUUUUUUUUUUCUUAUUCAAACCAUUUAUCUUCAUGAGCUUUUUCAGUUUUUUGUUUCAGCUCUGAGAGAAAGUCACUCACAGCCCCUCGGAGUGAUGGAUCAAUGGGCGCAAUACCAUCAGGCCCAGCCUGCAGAAUCAGGUACUUUCUAAAGGAAAAAUAAAGAUAUUUUUUUUGAAAAAAACCUAUUGCAGUUAUAAAAAGUUUUUUUAAUUUUAUAUUAUCAAUGAUAGUAAAAAAGACUGAAAACAGUUAUAUCAACUACAUGUGCUUUUCUAUUUGUUUCUUGAGUAUCGUGUUACAUUUGUUGAAGCCAUGAUUCCUAAGAAACAUUUUGCGCAAGCACUUGAGUAUGUUCAUUGAAAAAUGAAAAAUAAACAGCAUUAAGUGGAUUGGGCACAUCUUGCACAACAAUGGAUGGCUAUGAAAGACCAAGAAGAUUCAGCAUAUCACGCACAUGAACAUCGUAAGUUUUCUGACCUUUCUCCAUAGUUCAGGGAUCUAUUCAUUGAAGGUGUUUCUUUUUUCAAUAACGACAAUUCGUCAUGGCGCAAUAACAAAGCCCCAGAAACCGAUUGGUCAUGGAGCGAUGAUCGGAAUGGUAAGACUUUGAUGAAUGUAGUUUUGAUUUUUACCUUUUUCGCAGGAGUUCCGUGGAGAGGAGAGCAGCGAGGACCCAUGCACAGUUCCAUGAAUUAUCCUCCUGCGAAUGGUUAGUUUUUAAAGAUUGUCCUGACAAUUUUUUGAACUCAGGCGGACCGCCUCAAAGUGAAGAAACAUGGCGACAACGAGGUCCUGCUAAACCGAUGUUUCCUUCCGCGAACAAUGAGGUACAUUGAAAAGCCCAUAUAAAGAGAAGAAACUUUUUUUUUUUGAAGACGUCCUCGUGGAAGCCGGCGAAUAAAGCAUCUUUUGCCCCUCCGCCACCGCCUAAUUAUCCGGUUGGCCAAAAAGAGGACUUUUUUAAAUAGAUGAUUGAGAUUAAGAUGCCUCCUGCAGGUCCUCCCAGACGUCAGGCUCCUCUUUUUCCUGGCGCAACGGAGGAACCGGAAAAGUCUGUACCACUACCGCCUUCGCAGUACUUUCCUCCGCCGCCACCACGUUAGUCGCAUGUUUUUCGCUUCUGCGUCAAUGAUUGAAAAAAGUAAAACGUAUAUUUGAAGAUUCAGUAAGUUGGAGAUGAAAAUGGCGAUUUAAUAAAUUUUUACUUCUAGUUUUGACUCAAAGAGUAUUUUUUUCAAGGCUGGAUGGGGGGGUUUGAAUCCUUUGAACGAUCCAUAUGAGUUCCUCACAAAAGAGGUCAUUUUACUUUACGGUUAAGAUUUACCUGAAAAUUGGCCAGAAAACUCCUUGAUAUACUAGAAGAGGAUUCUGGAAGUCUAAACGUUUUUGGAAAAAGACGCCUAAAAUUCAAAGAAAACCCUCAAAACUCAUAAAAAUAGGCUAUUUCGAGACCUUAGGCCCUUAUUUUUCGAAAAUUAAGAAGCUAUCCAGGUUGAAAAUUUUAAUAUCUUUAUCUAGUACAUCAAGAAGUGUUCUGGCCAAAUUUCAGGAAAUUCGAAGUAAAUUGACCUCCGUGUCCGUUACUGUUCUGAAACUAUCUUUCAGGGAGUUUAUCUGAAUUUUUCAGCUGGCUGGCCACCUUUUCCAGGCGGCCCUCCGUUUGGUGUCGGUCCUCCACCCGCCGACUUCUUCCCACCGCCGCCGGGUUUCUUUCCUGGAGCACCAGGUGAUGAAGCUUUAGGUCCAGUGCCUCCGCCAGGCUCUCAGCAGAAGCCGAUCUUCCCCGGAAAUCUCCCCUAUCAGAUGGGUUUGAUCGAAAAUCGUGAUGUGCGUGGCAAAGUUUCCUUUUAGAUGCGGCUGCACGAAAACGCCUGCCAGCAUGGAUAUUGGAAGGGUUGGAGAAGGCUGAACGUGAAAAACAGAAGCAGAUUGAGAAGGUUUUUAUCAUUGACUUCUUUUCAUUCCCGCCCUUGUGUUCCAGGAAGAGAAGCUCAAACAAGCUGAAGAGGAGCGAGCAAAACGACGCCUGGAGUCUGGGAAGGGAAAAUUCGUUAGAAAAUCUUUUCACUCUGCAAAUUCUGAAAUCGAGGUUACAGGAUAGCUCGAGUGAUGAAGAAGAGGAAGAGGACACGGAAAGAGCCUCCACCUGGAAGGUGAUACUACAAAAAGGAACCCCUUGAAAAUUGCUGACCUUCAGGCGGCUGAUGGAGAACCACCUUUUUCUCAGAAGAUUGAAGCUGUUGAAAAUAAUUUCAUGGAUGAAUAUUCGCUGGAAGAACGCCAACAACUCUUUGUAAAUCGAUUGAAAUUUCCCGUUUCUUUUUAAUCAGAGCACUAAUUUUUGCAGAUGAGCACGGUGCGGAAACUGAUGACGAAUAUGUUGAUUGUUACGACAAAUGAGAUUAUUGAAAAUGUUAUAAUUGAUGUUUUGAAAGAACGCGAGAGGUUGAAGGCUCAAAAAGGUUUUUCUUAUGAGUAAGUCAGCUGAAAUCUCAAUCUUUCCAGCAACACCUCAGUUAUUGGCCAACAGUUCGGCUCUUGCGGCGAUUGCUUCAUUUGGUUCGUUUCGAAGACUCGGCUUAGUUCAUCAUUCCAAAAAACGAAAAAGAGAAUAAAUGCGCAGUGGGGAAGUUGUAGGAGACGACAGCGACGCAAGUGAAGACGACGAAGACGCGAAGGAAAAGGAAGAAGACUCGGAUGACGUCAAGAAUCGCAAGAAUUCUCCGACGCCGGGCCGAGAGAUGGCCGACGUCUUCAAGGCUCCCGUGGGUAUACCUCGAAAGUUUAGUUCUAAGCCUGAUGUCUCGAGCGACAGCUCUCUUCCCACAUCAGGUAUGUUUCUUCAGGACUUUUCCCUUUGUAGUUGCACUCUGUUAUGUCGCUGCCUCUUUGUGUCUUGAUUGUUCAUUUCCGUAGACACUCAAAAUCAUCUCGUUAUGAAAUCAAACGGAAGAUUGCAUUCAUAAAUUGUUCAAUUUCAGAUAGUCCACCCGUCCCGGUUCAAUCUAAUUCAAAAAGAAGCAGAGGUAAGCGUUUCCGAGCUUUUUUUUUAAACGAUGGAUUGAGGAGUGGAGUCAAUUGGUUACAGUUCAGACUAAGAAAAGUUUAGGGGGGCCCCGAUAUAUAUUUUUUUUAAAUUGUUUGAAAGAGUAAGAAACGAUAAUGGGGAAGCGAAUUCCAGUGAAAAUUUGAUCGUACUCCCUACAGGGGCCCCUUUAAUUCAACCCCUAUAGGGGGCCCUAAAUCAGAUUUUCGGGGCCCCGAUAGGAGUUUUACAAGGAACCGCACUAUUUUUUUAAUGUAAAACUCAAAAAUAUGAAUAAAGAAUAAAAUAAUAAAUGGAAAGAGCAAAAAAAAAAGCUCUCCAAAGAGUCGCUGGCGGUUGAAUUGAACCCGUGUAAGAACCGCGAACGCACACGCUACGCGUCCCGCCUUCGUGCCUUUCAAGUCAGGGAAAAUUGACUGUAUUCCAUAGCGCAUUAUAUUCCGUUUCUAGAAUGUCUGAAGGCGUAAGACCUUUUUUGAAGAAGAAACAAGAAACAAAAAUUUCGUCCAUAAACGAAUAAAUUUCAGAGGAAGAAGAGGAUUCCGUAAAAAAGGCGAAGAAGGAAUCUAGGAAGCAUCGCAGCCGCUCACCGUAUAUAAUUAUUUUGACAAAAAAAAAUAAGCCACUGAGUUACAGUUCGAAGUCGUCGAAACGGAGAUCGCGCUCGAGGAGCAGAGAGAGGCGAGAACGAAAACGAAGCCGCAGUCGCGAACGUGACAGGGAAAAGGAGCGACAACGCGAUCGCGACAAGGAGCACAGAAGAAAAGAUCGCAAAAGGUCGCGCUCGCGUUCGCGGGAUCGCCGCUCUCGUCGCUGA